CCGGUGUAGCUCCAGCGACUCGUUGGCCCGGAAAAGAUGGCGGCGCCGGAGCUCGGCCGCUGGGGCGAGUACGGGCCGCGGCUGCCCGCUCGGCUGGGCGCACGUGCCGGCCAGGAGCCAGCGACUGCCCUGGGUGCAGUGGGCACCAUGGACCUGGCCUAUGUCUGUGAGUGGGAGAGAUGGCCCAAGAGCACCCACUGCCCCUCAGUGCCCCUUGCCUGCGCUUGGUCCUGCCGCAAUCUCAUCGCCUUCACCACGGAUCUGCGGAAUGAUGACCAGGACCUGACCCGCAUGAUCCACAUCCUGGACACCGAGCACCCCUGGGACGUGCACUCAAUCAACUCGGGCCACAGCGAGGCCAUCACCUGCCUGGAGUGGGACCAGUCAGGCUCCCGGCUGCUCUCAGCUGAUGCAGAUGGGCAGAUCAAGUGCUGGAGCAUGGUGGACCAUCUGGCCAACAGCUGGGAGAGCCGUGUGGGCAGCCUGGUGGAAGGAGACCCUAUUGUGGCACUGUCUUGGCUGCACAACGGCGUGAAGCUGGCACUGCACGUGGAGAAGUCCGGUGCCUCCAGCUUCAGUGAGAAGUUCUCGCGGGUGAAGUUCUCGCCGUCGCUCACGCUCUUCGGCGGCAAGCCCAUGGAGGGCUGGAUCGCGGUGACGGUCAGCGGGCUGGUCACCGUGUCCCUGCUGAAGCCCAGCGGGCAGGUGCUCACGUCCACCGAGAGCCUUUGCCGGCUGCGUGGCCGAGUGGCACUGGCCGACAUUGCCUUCACGGGCGGCGGCAACAUCGUGGUGGCCACGGCGGACGGCAGCAGCGCGCUGCCCGUGCAGUUCUACAAGGUGUGCGUGAGCGUGGUCAGCGAGAAGUGCCGCAUCGACACCGAGAUCCUGCCCUCCCUCUUCAUGCGCUGUACCACCGACCCCCACCGCAAGGACCGCUUUCCCGCCAUCACCCACCUCAAGUUCCUGGCCCGAGACAUGUCUGAGCAGGUGCUGCUCUGCGCAUCCAGCCAGACGAGUAGCCUGGUGGAGUGCUGGUCCCUGCGAAAGGAGGGUCUGCCGGUGAACAAUAUCUUCCAGCAGAUCGCGCCUGUUGGUGACAAACAGCCCAUGAUCCUCAAAUGGCGGAUCCUCUCAGCCACCAACGACCUGGACCGCGUAUCAGCCGUGGCACUGCCCAAGCUGCCCAUCUCACUCACCAACACUGACCUCAAGGUGGCCAGCGACACCCAGUUCUACCCAGGCCUUGGGCUGGCCCUGGCCUUCCACGAUGGCAGUGUCCACAUCGUGCACCGCCUGUCGCUGCAGACCAUGGCCGUCUUCUACAGCUCGGCCUCGGCGCGCUCCGUGGACGAGCCGGCCAUCAAGCGCUCCCGGGCCACCGGCCCCGCCGUGCACUUCAAGGCCAUGCAGCUGUCCUGGACCUCCCUGGCCCUCGUGGGCAUUGACAACCACGGGAAGCUCAGCAUGCUGCGCAUCUCGCCCUCCAUGGGCCACGCGCUGGAGGUGGGCCUGGCACUGCGCCACCUGCUCUUCCUGCUGGAGUACUGCAUGGUGACGGGCUACGACUGGUGGGACAUCCUGCUGCACGUGCAGCCCGGCAUGGUGCAGAGCCUGGUGGAGCGGCUGCAUGAGGAGUACACGCGCCAGAAGGCGGCGCUGCAGCAGGUCCUCUCCACCCGGAUCCUCGCGAUGAAGGCCUCCCUGUGCAGGCUGUCACCCUGCACCGUGACACGCGUGUGCGACUACCACACCAAGCUCUUCCUUGUGGCCAUCAGCUCCACCCUCAAGUCCCUGCUGCGCCCCCACUUCCUCAACACGCCUGACAAGAGCCCCGGUGACCGGCUGGCCGAGAUCUGUGCCAAGAUCACCGACGUGGACAUUGACAAGGUCAUGAUCAACCUCAAGACGGAGGAGUUUGUCCUGGACAUGAACACGCUCCAGGCGCUGCAGCAGCUCCUGCAGUGGGUGGGCGACUUCGUGCUGUACCUGCUGGCCAGCCUGCCCAACCAGGGUGCCCCUCUGCGGCCGGGCCACAGCUUCCUGAGGGACGGCACUUCGCUGGGCAUGUUGCGAGAGCUGAUGGUGGUCAUCCGCAUCUGGGGUCUGCUGAAGCCCAGCUGCCUGCCUGUGUACACAGCCACAUCAGACUCCCAGGACAGCAUGUCCCUGCUCUUCCGCCUGCUCACCAAGCUCUGGAUAUGCUGCCGUGAAGAAGGGCCAGCAAGUGAGCCAGAUGAGGCCCUGGUGGACGAGUGCUGCUUGCUGCCCAGCCAGCUGCUGGUGCCCACGCUGGACUGGCUGCCCAUCAGCGACGGCCUGGUCAGCCGCCUGCAGCCCAAGCAGCCUGUGCGCCUGCAGUUCGGCAAGGCGCCUGCACUGCCCGGCAGUACCCCCUCCGCACAGUUGGAUGGCCUGGCCAGGCUCCCCGGUCAACCCAAGAUCGACCACCUUCGGAGGCUGCAUCUGGGCGCCUACCCCACGGAGGAGUGCAAGGCCUGUGCCAGGUGCGGCUGCGUCACCAUGCUCAAAUCCCCUAACAAGACGACGGAGGUGAAGCAGUGGGAGCAGCGCUGGACCAAAAACUGCCUGUGCGGGGGGCUGUGGCGGAGAGCGCCCCUCAGCUACUCCUGACUGGGCCCCACUGGACCGCAGGACAGUCGCACCCAGAUGGGGCCCCAGAAUAGGACGCAGUAGUUGGGGCCGUGGGUCUCCUCUCCGCUGACCCAGGACAGGUGCCUGAGGACCCCAAGGCCCUACCCCUCUCUAGGGCAUCCGAGACCUCUGAGGGAAGUCUGGUCGGACCCCAGCAGGGAGGUGCAAGUGUAGUUCCAGCACUCAGGAGGCUGAGGCAGGAUUGCCGUGAGCUCAGAGUCAGCAUGGAUUACACAGUCAGAUUGUCUCCAAAAGGCGUGGGGUCUGGUCAGGCCCCUGCGUGGCCCUUUAGAACAUGCCUGGCGCUUAGCCACAUGCCUCAGUUUCCCUCUUGGGCCUGCAAGGGCCUGGCUCACAGUCCGCACUGUGCCUCCAGCCCCAGGGUUACCGCUGGCUGUGCCUUCGUGUCCUGGGUCAGGGGCAGUCAGCCAGCCCCUAGGCAGUGCCCAGUGUGUGCUGGAGCAGGGGGGUGGGUAGGAGGGGACUUUUCAUCUGUGCCCUCCUCUGUCUCUUUCUCCGAGCUGCCUGCCGCUCUGAAGCUCAGGCCUGAUUCCCUGGGGGUCCAGCUUUAUGCUACCAAUAGGCGCUGUCACAGAUUAUGUCGCGGUCCCCUGCGGGCUCCAGGCGGAAAGGCUGCUCCAGGCGUCCUGUCUGGAACGCAGUAAUUGGUCGCUGUCUGUGUCCUGUGGUGUGGGCCAGGCCAGCCCGCCGCAGGGCACCAUGCUCGCUGCCGCAGGGGUGCCAGGCUGCCUCUGAACUUCAGUCAGCGUGAGGUUGGCGAGCUGCCGCCCCAGAGCCACAGGCAGCCGAGCCUGGAGGGGUGACAGCAAGUGCACGGGACCAUCUGCUCCCACCUGGGUGCCUGCUGGGGAACCUGUUGACACAGGCGGGCGGGCAGUGGCCACGAUUUCCAAUCCCUGCAAGCUAUCGUCGGCCUUCUGCCAAGAUCCCGUCACCCCAUCUCCCUUGAUGUCAUGCUGUUGCUUUACUCGAUUUUCCUUUCUUGUGUGGUCCGAGGUCGCCUGUCUGUCAGGAGUGGUGUCUGUAUCUCUCGCCUCGGGUCAGCCCCCAUGAAAGCUGACAGGAAACAGCCUUACGCCCUGGACCUCAGCCUGGUGCCCCAGCUCUGGGAUGGGUGACCGGGAAACUCCUCCAGUCACAGACAAGCUAGCAGCUGGGGGUCAGGGAGAUCAAUGGGGACGGCCGCUGUGGGCGCCUUCUGGAAUGUUCUAUAGGCCAAAGGGCGCAGUGAAAUGGAUGUUCCGUGUCUCCAACAUGAGGCUUCAUGAUAACCUUAUUUCUCCACACUUCCGAGGUCAGGAGGCACAUUCUCAGAGCCUCCUUGUGAGCUGGGACAGGGACCCUGUGUCACAGCAGGACGUGGAGGUCAGCCUUACAAGAUGGCCCCCUUCAGCCUCCUCCUCCAGAGCCCUCUGUGGCUCCCACUGACUACAGCAUGGGACUGAAAGUGCCCAGGUGAUCUUGGAGCUGGGUGGGUGUGAAGCUCCACAUCCCACUCUCCACCCUGGCCCACAGAGGUCAGGAUCAGAACUUGGGACAGCCACCCUAGCCCUGACUUCCUGUGGGCGAGUGGGGUCGGGUCCAUGCAGGGGAACGUCAGUCCAGCACCCCUGCACAGCAGGGUCAUCCCUGUCCCCAGGGACACAGAGAGGUGGCACCUGAUUUUCCUGACUCCAGGGUGUUGACCAAGGCUACUCUCUACUGAGCGCUCCUGUAUCUGUGGGGAAGGGGCAAGAAGCAGAGUCCUUGGUCAAAGGGCCCCAGUUGCUGCACUUGUUUGCCUGGAUCACAGAAGCAGCCCCCACGCCGUGAUGAUAAAGGCAGCACUUAAGAGCUUUCUGGAGACUUUUAGGCCCCUCUGAGCCCCAGUUUCCCCUUCUGGGACACGGGUUCAAGGGCACAAUGUCAGAAGAUCUCUGCACCAGCCAGCUCCAGGUCUCGCACACAGCGGGUCCUCACGCCCCACUGGGAAGAGCAAGGGGGCUCCCGUGUGGCAGAGGCCGGAACCGCGCCGGGCUUUGUGCUGACCGGCCUCCCUCCCAGUCUUGCAGACAGCAGGUGCUCAACAAAGACUGGCUGGACUCAGGUCUGAAUGCGUUUAUUGUGGGGUUCUUGCUCGCCGCCCGCAGCCCCGCUCAGGCCACUGUGCCCUGGCGCAGCACGCUGUCGAUCCAAGCUACGUAGCUAGCCACG